AUGCGCACAGAAACGAAGGUGCAGCNGUUUUGUAACAUCGCCAACAUAUCCGCGCCGACAUUUGACGAGGAGCGUCCAGAUCUAAAGAACAACUUUCAAAAGCUUCGCUACAUCAAGGAUGGGGCUGCCAAGGAGUUUAUCAUCGGUGUGAAGGUAAAAGGGGGAAAUCGGGCCGGUUGUGGGAGGUCAAAGUUAAGGAUUGUCGUAGGUGUGAGGGCGGGAUCUGGGGACUUCAGGAUUGUCGAAGGUGUGAGGGACGACACAAUCUGGGUCGCCGCCGAGGUUGCUGCCGUUGGCUUUUUGUCCAAGUUCCCCGGCCUGGAGCUCGUACAGCAGGAGCAGGUGGACAAGACGGGGACCUCCAUCCUGUACAGGCAUCUCGUGCAGGCAGCCGUGUCGCACAAGGGAUCGCUGGUGGGACAUACCGUACGCGACGUUCGCUUCCGUACAACGUACAACGCUGCCGUGGUCGCCGUACACAGGGAGGGUGUGCGUAUUCCCCUCAAGGUCCAGGACAUUGUGCUCCAGGGAGGAGAUGUACUGCUGCUCAGCUGCUCGACUAAGUGGACUGAGGAGCACAGACACGACAAGGCGUUCGUACUGCUGCAGGCUGUUCCCGACAGCUCUCCGCCCAAGCGCCGCUCCAUGAUCAUCGGCGUGCU